UAUUUACAUGAGCUGUUUUUAUUCAUUUACUUAACUCUGAAAAAAUACCAUUUGAUGAGAUAAAAGCAUAACAAGUGACAGCCUAGAAAAUCAUUUGAAGUCUGUGUUCUUCAGGAUGCGUAUACUUAUUUCGAUAUUGUCAAUUUUGAUAGGUGGAUGCCACGCUGCUUCGUUCAUAUGCCGAGAUGAGAAGACGGGCAAUUUUGCCUUUUACGAAAACGAAAAAGAGAAAUGUUUGAAUGGUGUAGUGCAACAAAAAACGACACAGAUAACAACGAAAAUAUCGUCCUCUUCAACAACGUACUCCAGUCAAUCUACGAGCACCAUUAUCCCGCCACUCUUAAAGCAUAUGUGUACACUUGGCAAAGACCUACUAGAGGGGUACGAAUGUUGUGGCUGGUACAUUCCUUUCCAACCGGAGUUUGAAGCUUGCUGCAAGGUUACGAUGACGAAAACCAUGGUGCAUUCAGGGAAACCGGAUAAAGAUUACACGUGUUGCCGAGAUGACAUUACUAGAGCCUACAAACGAACGGAUCUGCCGUGCGCAUAUCACCCAGCCAACAAUGACCAGUUUUGGAACGCCCUUCGAGUGACCGCUCUCUUGAAAUCACGAAGACUCCUGAAUGAGGCCUGUCGAACAAAGACAGUAUAUUAUGGCCGAGUGAAAUUCGUGAACAAAACCUCAGCUAUUUACUCGGACCUGAAAAUUCGCUUAAACAAGCUUGACUUGAAGUCUCCAACUUUGAAAAGGCAGGACACAAAUUUAGACCUGUACAUAGAAAAGGAUCGCCACAGACCAGACCCAUCGAAACUUCACGGGAAAUACUUUCUGAUUAUCACAGAAAACCAGAAGCCAGCAGUAACGCCGUCAUACAUUAACGUCAAGAAUGACGUCGUGUAUAAGCUUGCUAAAUCGCACAGACGUUCGUUUGAAAAAUUGCGGAAAUUGUUUGCGCUUUGCAAGAGUCUGUUGAAUUGAGCGCUGUAGAAAUGAUCGCCGCUCUCUAAGUGAAAGACGGGUACAGGGCGCGGAGAAUAGGAAGUUGGUGUCCGGACAGAACUGGGCUAUUUUUUUUUAUAGCGUUUUGCAUAAGUUAUGAUUGAUGAUGAUACGGUUAACAGAUUUCAGGUUUUAACAUGCUUUUAACACAAUGAUAUCUAGAAGUUAUUAUAUCGAUGGCCACUAAAAUACUCAUAAACUAGAUGCCAGCUGUGCUAAAUCCAAAUAAAAAGGGAGAUCAGUAUGUGGAGUUUCGAAAGUAAUUGACACGAAAUAGCAAAAAUCCCUGAUGUGCUGAAACACGAAGGUCCAAAGGAAUUAAGCAAAUGAUGGUAGAAUACUAAUAUUUUGCAAAGAUAAAUGCAUGAACUGUGUGGGGUAUACAUUCAUUUUCUUCUUCAAUAUUUUAUUGGUAUAUGAUAUGUGCAUCAUGUGAACACAAUAACUUGUUUAACAUUUAUAAUUAUUGUAAUAAUACAUUAGAAAAAUAUGUGUUUGUAAAAAAAAAAUAACUAUACAGUCAUGUCUGAAAUAUGUUCCUGCAUUUUACAGCGAAUAAAUAAAUGUUCAAAUCUAUGUUUCUAACACACAAUAACAUGUUUAGGUAAACGAGCAACAAAAGAAACUGCAAGUACGUGAAUAUGUGUAACUAAUACUUUUUAAACUUGAGCGUACGUUAUUUGUUUAAAAUAAAGAUGUGUUUUCGUCUACGUAAACAAGUG